CUGCUGAGGCGGUGGUACAAGAAGAGGGGCCCGGCCAGCGCGCACCCAGCCCAUCCCGCCCGCCCUCGGUGCUCUGCUCCCCGCCGCGUCGCCCCUGACAAAUGAUGUGUUUUGUGAUCGCCGCGAUGAAAGCUCAAAUUGAAAUUAUUCCAUGCAAGAUCUGUGGAGACAAAUCAUCAGGAAUCCAUUAUGGUGUCAUUACAUGUGAAGGCUGCAAGGGCUUUUUCAGGAGGAGUCAGCAAAGCAAUGCCACGUACUCCUGUCCUCGUCAGAAGAACUGUUUGAUUGACCGAACUAGUAGAAACCGCUGCCAACACUGUCGAUUGCAGAAAUGCCUUGCUGUGGGGAUGUCUCGAGAUGCUGUAAAGUUUGGUCGAAUGUCAAAAAAACAGAGGGACAGCUUGUACGCAGAGGUGCAGAAACAUCGAAUGCAGCAGCAACAGCGAGAUCACCAACAGCAACCUGGAGAGGCAGAACCACUGACACCAACAUACAGUAUCACCACCAAUGGGCUAACAGAGCUACAUGAUGACCUCAGUAAUUACAUUGAUGGGCAUACCCCUGAAGGUAGCAAAGCAGACUCUGCAGUUAGCAGCUUCUACUUAGACAUACAACCUUCUCCAGAUCAGUCGGGUCUUGAUAUUAAUGGAAUCAAACCAGAACCAAUAUGUGACUACACACCAGCAUCGGGCUUCUUCCCUUAUUGUUCUUUUACAAAUGGGGAGACCUCGCCAACUGUGUCCAUGGCAGAAUUAGAACAUCUUGCACAGAAUAUUUCAAAGUCACACAUGGAAACUUGCCAGUACUUGAGAGAAGAGCUACAGCAGAUAACAUGGCAGACUUUUCUGCAGGAAGAAAUUGAGAACUACCAGAACAAGCAGAGGGAGGUAAUGUGGCAGUUAUGUGCAGUCAAAAUAACAGAAGCUAUACAGUAUGUCGUGGAGUUUGCCAAACGCAUUGAUGGCUUUAUGGAACUGUGUCAAAAUGAUCAAAUCGUGCUUUUAAAAGCAGGAUCUUUAGAGGUUGUGUUUAUCAGAAUGUGCCGUGCCUUUGACUCCCAAAACAACACAGUAUACUUUGACGGCAAGUACGCUAGCCCAGAUGUUUUCAAGUCACUAGGUUGUGAAGACUUCAUUAGUUUUGUGUUUGAAUUUGGAAAGAGCUUAUGUUCUAUGCACCUGACAGAAGAUGAGAUUGCUUUGUUUUCUGCAUUUGUUUUAAUGUCUGCAGAUCGUUCAUGGCUUCAGGAGAAGGUAAAAAUCGAAAAACUCCAACAGAAGAUUCAGCUAGCACUUCAGCAUGUCCUGCAGAAGAAUCACCGAGAAGAUGGAAUUCUAACAAAGUUAAUAUGCAAAGUGUCUACUUUAAGAGCACUGUGUGGACGACAUACAGAAAAACUUAUGGCAUUUAAAGCAAUAUACCCAGACAUUGUGCGACUUCAUUUUCCUCCAUUGUACAAGGAGUUGUUCACUUCAGAAUUUGAGCCAGCAAUGCAAAUUGAUGGUUCACUGCCCACAGACUUUCAACAGAACAAUCAAUUUGUUGAUCACAGCAGAGUCCAGCGACUGGUGUGUACUGCAGAGGUUUCAGCAUCAGUUUGCACAACUUGCUCAUUGUUUCAUGAAGGACGAAUUUUUUCAUCUACCAUUGAUUGCCAAUAGGCAGAAUGGCAUGAAAAGGGUCCAUAGCAAUAGCAACAAUAGCAUUAUAAUAUAUUACAGGGUAAAUGGGCAUGAAGACUAUAUAUAGCAAAAGAGAUAUUGUUUAUAUAUUGUUUUAAUUAAUAUAAAAAGUAGUUACUGGUAUAGCUUUUCUUGUUGAAUUGAUAAGGCACUUUCAUUUUGCACCUUUUUCUUUAAAUUAAAUGCUAGCGUGUUCAUUGUUGUGUUGCAUGUGCACCAGAAAUUCAAGUUUAACUGAAAAGGUUUGGAAGGUACUGAUACAUUAGAAGGUAUUUAUGCUGCUGUUUUCAACAUUACUUUUCAAGAGAGGCUGGUCACAUCCUGAAAAGAUUACAUUGAUUUUUAGAGUCUGAAAACGAUGAACAUUUUCUAAAAUCAAAUUAGCUUUCCAGCUGCUUUUUAAAGGGUGCUUUUAUUUUUAUACACAACCCAAAAGUUUCAAAUCUGGUUGUUUAAAAUUGCACAUCUAAAUCCAUAUUUAGACUCUGAAAUAAAAAACCCUGAUUUUCAAAAGUGCCAAGCACCCACAGCCAAAAAUUUGCUGAGCAUCUGCAGGUCAAUCACAGCUGCAAGAGUGAAGCACCCUUGAAAAUCGGGCCAUUAAUUGUGGUUUAUAAAUAUGGGUAUGGAUGCCCAACACUAUGAACCCAUGUUUGAAAAUGUUGACCAGAGAGUAAUAUAUACACAAAACAAUUUGUGUAUGUUAUAUACACUGUUACAUACUUUUAAACUCCACAUGGUAAACAAUGCAUUUAAAGCAAAAGCCUAGUCCCAUUGACGUCACUGAGAAUUUUGUUACCGACUUCAGCAGGCUGUUUUCCAAGAUCCAGCAAUUUCAUCCAGCACAGCACAACAGAGAAGUCCUUUGCUUUUAGAGCACAUCUGUAUGGCUCUAGAAACAGCUAGGUUUAUUUGGAAAGAAGCACUCUCUAAGGCUUAUCAGAUAAGUGCAAACUGAUAAAAUAAAGGCACAAUCCUUUUGAUAGAAAGCAGGCAUUUUAUAUUCUACAUAAAGCCUGGAAAUCAUGAAAGUGGACUAUAGAAUGAGCAGUAAGAUGAUAAACCUAUGUUGUGUCAUUCCAAAAAUGAUUGUGAUCCAUGCAUUAUACUAAUAAGGGGCCAAAGUUUGCAGUCUUUACUUAUGCAAAUUACUAUUCCCUUUACGAGGAGUUUUGCCUGAAUAUGGAUAGCAGAAUUUUGUCCCAAAAGAGAAGAAAAGUCAGAUUUAAAAAUAUUAAACUAAUUCUGAAUGAGAGAGCCAUAUUAAACAACAUUAAGGAUAAGUUAUCUAGCUUGGACGAGAAGGGAGCCCUCCCCAUAUUUAUUUGGAAGAGUAGUUUUAGGGUUGCAGCCUGAUCUUCCAGCUCAAUUGAACCAGAACGUUAAUCCAGGAAUUCUUCUUUGGCUAACUCUGCCCUCAGUCAGCCAGUGGAAAGCCCGUUUCUGCCUCAGUGUCAUUCCCAUGAUUAGAUGAAGCCUGACAGGAGUGUAAACAAUUUCUGUUAUAUAUGGGUAGCCAGAGAUAAAAUAUCAUAAUAUACCCACUGAAUAUUACUUUAAUGAGUCAUUUUGGACUAAAUUUAUCCCCUUAUUACCUUAGUGAGAUGUACAAUCUGUUCAAAAUUCAGUUUUCUUUCUUUAUUAAUGCAAUCCCUAAAUGUUUAGUUUCCGGUUGUCUACGCCCAUGUCAGAAGUGUUAUGCAGCUGUGGCUUGCCUGAAAUGGAAUUUAACAGUCACUGCAAAGCUGGAACUGCCCCCUUUGAAUUGGAAGCAACUGGGAUGUUGAAUUGGGGCUACCUGGGAGCAAAGUGAAACUUUGCAUUUUUCCAUAUAGACAGUUUCUUAAAGUUAUUGUUAACAUAUUGGAGUAGCACCUCAGGGCUAUCACCAUAUUCUGCUAGGCACUGUAGAAAGAUAUAAUAAAGGCAGCUCAUGCCCCAAAGACCUUAUGAUGUGCUCCAAAAUAUGAAUAACUUUAUUUUCUAAGGUUGGUGUUAGUAUAAGAUCACGUUGUAAUUGUUUUUACACUACCCAUCCAGCCCCUGCUCCUUUUCCUAUGAUCACUUUUUUUUCUUUUUAGUGUAGGAAGGAAAUAGGGAGAGCGAUUUAAAUAAAAGAUUUUGAUGUGUGACUAAUCUGUGUGGUAAAGUGUGUAUAUAUAGAUAUAUAAAAUACCUAAAUAACUUCCCAGGUAAACCUACUUAAUCCUUUUUUCCUUUAAAACUGAAAUGGCAGUAAUGGUAUAUUUACCUGGACAAAUUGGAGCCUCUACACUUUAACAAUUAAUAGCAGUCAUUUCAACACGUUGUGUUAAAGGGACACUGCCAACUUGAAUGUUAAUAAAAUUAAGUUUUUUGUCUUUCAAAUUCAUUUUUAUAGAGUACAUUUUAAAGUAGCAUUGCCUUUUGUUGUUUUAUUAAAAUUCGUAAGGUUUUAUGCUUCUCUGUUCAUUGAGGUUAAUAAGGGCCUUUUCAGCAAAGUAGAAACUUUGGAAAACAGUGAAAUUGUGCAUUUGACCAUUUUUUGUAUAUAGACAAAGUAAACUAAUAAGACAGAGGAAUAUUUUUUCACUAACAUUUCAUUUAUAGUCACUGUAGUUGUUGUAAGUAACUAUUAUGGAAAAAAAACCCUCAAGACAGAUGAUUUUCAAGUUGACUGUGUCUCUUUAAAUCUAUGGGGCCUAAUGCUCCUCUCACACUGUGUUAACUGAGGAGUAAUUGGAGGAGAUGGAGCUACACUGAUGUAAAACGGUUGUAAGGGGAGAAUUAGGAUAAUGGGUUAUUAUGGGCAAAAUAAAGUGUUCCCUUUUUUAUAAUUUGAACAUCUCUCACUUAGGCUUGAAUUGUUGCAUUUAACCAGUGACCCACACUGAGGUCUGUAUGGAGCUGCUACACUCUAAUGCAGUUUCCCAAAUUUGGGACGCCACUCGUCUAGGGAAAGCCCCUGGCGGGCUGGGACGGUUUGUUUACCUGGCACGUCCGCAGGUCCGGCCAAUCGCGGCUCCCACUGGGCGCAGUUCGCCGCUCCGGGCCAAUGGGAGCUGCUGGAAGCGGCACGGGCCGAGGGAGGUACUGGUCGCCGCUUCCAGACGAACUUGCGGACGCGACGGGUAAACAAACCGGCCCUGCCUGCCAGGGGCUUUCCCUACACGAGCAGCGUCUCAAGUUUGGGAAACACUGCUCUAAUGGACUGUGCCUCUGAUGGCACAGUCUGCUCCCUAGUGUCCCUGCCCUGCUCUGCUAGCUGAUAGAGAUGGGACAAUGCUUCACCUUCUCUACACUGCUUCACAGUGAUGUGCCCAUGGAGACUUCGGGAGAAGUCCCUGUUCUUUCAUGAAUGCAAAGGCUGGAGUUAUGAGAGGGAUUUGUCAAAGAGCAUGGAGGAGUAUGGCGUACGCCCUUCUUUCCCUCCCGUAUGCCC